AUGGCCGAAUAUGUUGUUGAUCUCCUCGUGCAGUACUUGUCCCAACAAAUGGAAAAGGAAGGAAAUUUCUUUGGUGGAGUGGAGGAUCAAGUCAAGUCACUCCACAGGGAGCUUAGACUGAUAAAUAUCUUCCUGGAGAACUCCAGGGGAAAACGGAAUGAGCAUCCAAUAGUGAAGGAAGUUGUCCGACAGAUCAGGGAGGUAGCUUAUGAGGCUGAGGAUGUUAUCGACAUGUUCAUCCUCAAGGUUGCAGAGCACAAGAGGAGGAGCCUGAUGGGGAGAAUAUUUCUUAGCCCCAAGCACGCAAUGAUGCUUCGCGAUGAUGGAAAGAAGUUUGCAGGCAUCAAGAAUGCAAUCAAUGAAAUCUACAAUAACAGAGAAAGGUAUGACAUUGAAAGAGCUACAGAGACUGUAGAUGCGGCGGCGGAGGCACUACACAGGCGUAGGAGAGAAGUCGAGGAAGAUGAUGUCGUGGGUUUCGUUGAUGACUCAUCGACACUGGUGAAGCAACUUACGGAAGGGGGUAGUCAAUGUGAUGUCAUUUCGAUCAUUGGCAUGGGAGGGCUGGGGAAGACAACUCUUGCCAAGAAAAUCUACAACAAUGUUCGCGUCAAGAACCACUUCGAGUGCUGUGUAUGGGUCUAUGUAUCUCAAGAUUUCAGAACCAUAGAGCUCUUGCUUAACAUUUUAAAACAGAUGAACAUAUCAGGUAUCUGGAACACACUAGAAGAAAUGGGUAAGGAAAUAUCAGUUUCGUGGACGAUACUAGAACGCAUGGGUGUAAAAGAAUUAAAAGAGCUAUUGUUCAAAUGCUUGGGAAGAAAAAGGUACCUAAUAGUCAUGGACGACAUCUGGAAAGUUGAAGUCUGGGAUGAGGUAAGAUCUGCUUUUCCCGAUGACUUGAAUGGAAGCAGAAUAUUGAUCACAAGCCGCAUAAAAGAAGUUGCUUCACAAACAAGCCUUACUCCUCCCUACUUUCUCCCAUUUCUGAACAAAGAUGAAAGUUGGGAGCUCUUAAGUAAGAAAGUGUUUCGAGGAGGAGCAUGUCCUCCCGAGUUGGAAACUGUGGGGAGAAAAAUCGCAGAAGAUUGUUGUGGUUUACCACUUUCCAUUGUGGUAUUAGGGGGCCUUUUAGCAAACAAAGAGAAGACACCUCGAUCAUGGUCCAAAUUGAUUGGCAAUGUAAACUGGUACCUUACUGAGGCUAAUACAAUCUGCAAAGACAUAUUGGCCAUAAGCUACACCAACCUGCCUCGACGCUUGCAACCAUGUUUUUUGUAUUUUGGUGUGUACCCAGAAAACUUUGAGAUCACUGGAAGGCAACUGAUCCACCUAUGGAUAGCCGAGGGAUUCAUACAGCACGCUGGCAAUAGAAGCAUAGAGGAUUUUUUUUUUUUUUUCUUUUCUGUAGAAAUGAGUUUUUAAUUGAAAUGAAUAAAAUAUU